UGGCUCCAUUUUUGAAUCCCGGGUAGCUUUUGUGAGGUGUGUGACAGCUGUCUCCCGUCCGCGUCACCUGUUUUGGCGGCAGGCCCCUCCGGAGGACCCCCGCGUGCGCGCGAGGCUGGAGAUGGAGCCUGUGACCUUUGAGGAUGUAGCUGUGAACUUCACCUCAGGAGAGUGGGCUUUGCUGGAUUCCAGUCAAAAGAAGCUCUACAGGGAUGUGAUGAAGGAAACAUUUUUUAACCUGAUCUCCAUAGAGAAAACACAAGAAGAAAAUGUUGAAGAGGACUACCAAAAUCUCAGGAGAAAUCUGGGAACUCAAGUGGUUGAGGAAGACGAUGAAUAUGUACGUGAUAGUCAGAGUGAAAAACCCCAGCUACAGACCCCAGAGCGUAUUGGUAAUGAGGACAUGCCCCCUGCAGUGCCAUUCUGUGAGAGUAGUCUGUGUGUCAGGAACAUUGGAAAUUCACCCUCAGAUGUGCACCUCAGUGAUCAAACUAAAGAGAAACCGUUUGAGUGUGAGGAGCCUGUGGAGGCUUUUAAACAUGAGAAAUGUUGGGAAGAGAUGGGUCAUUCCAAGUCCUUUCAGUUGCCUGAAAGUUCUAGAGAGCGAUCGUGUGAAAAUCAGCCAUGUAAUGCAGCUCCUGAGAGCCUUCACUGUGAUCAGCAUCAUGAGGGGGCUCACACUGGAAACAAACACAGCGAGAACACCCUUAUGGGUGACCAGACAGAUGAAAGAAGCCAUACUGAAGUAAAACCAUUUGUGUGUAAGCAGUGUGGAGAAGCCUUUGUUAAUUCCACUCACCUUAUCAGCCAUGAACGAAUUCAUAUUGUGGAAAAGUGUUAUAUUUGCAAACAAUGUGGAAAAACAUUCAGAUAUUUGUCAUGCUUUCAAAAACACGAAAGAAUUCACAGUGGAGAGAGGCCUUAUGUGUGUGAGCUAUGUGGGAAAGGAUUUAUUCAGUUGAAAUACCUUCUCAUGCACCAAAGAAUUCACAGUGGAGAGAAAUCUUACCAAUGUAAACAUUGUGAAAAAGUCUUCACUAUUUCCAGCACCCACAAUGUUCAUGAAAAAAUUCACAGUGGGGAGAAGCCAUAUUCAUGCAUGCACUGUGGAAAAGCUUUCACCAGUCCCAAUGACUAUAGGAGUCGUGAUAGAAUUCACCCUGGAGAGAAUCCCUUCGUAUGUAAAAAAUGUGGGAAAGCAUUCAAACGUUUGGGUCAUUUUAUGAAUCAUGAAAGAAUUCACACUGGGGAGAAGCCUUAUGCAUGUAAACAUUGUGGGAAAGCCUUCACCAGUUCCAGUGACCGUAACAGUCAUGAAAGAAUACACACUGGAGAGAAACCUUUUGUAUGUAAAACAUGUGGGAAAGCCUUCAGUCGCUCCGAUUAUCUUAUCAACCAUAGAAGGAUCCACACUGGGGAGAAGCCUUAUACGUGUAAGUACUGUGGAAAAGCCUUCGCCACUUCCAGCGACAGAAACAGUCACGAAAGGAUUCACACUGGUGAGAGAUCCUUUCUCUGUAAAAAAUGUGGGAAAGUAUUCAUUCUCUCUGGUGAUCUGAUCAAGCAUGAGAGAAUUCACACGGGAGAGAAGCCCUAUGCGUGCAAACAUUGUGGAAAGGCUUUCACCACCUCAAGUGCCCGGAACAGUCAUGAAAGAAUUCACACUGGAGAGAAGCCUUAUACAUGUAAGCACUGUACUAAGACUUUUACCACAUCCAGUACCCGCAACAGUCACGAGAAAACGCACACUGCAGAGAAGCAUUUUGCGUGUAACCUUUGUGGAAAAAUCUUCAACAGCCAGAGUUCCUAUUACACUCAUCGAAAAAUUCACUCUAUGAAAGAGAAACUUUAUGUGUGUAAACACUGUGGGAAAGAAUUUACUUACUGUGGUAAUUUCCUCAAGCACGAAAGAAUUCACACCAUAGAAACCUUGUCUGUGUGAGCAGUAUGUGAAAGCGUUUUUUGUGUCCUACAUCUUUAGAGACCCGUAUUAAGUCUCAUAGUGAAAGACUUGGAAAGCUGUCAACUGUGUGACACUGUGUGGUCGACUUGCCUUCAUUGGGAGGUAUCACCAAGAGUUUGGAUGGGCCGUGAGAUCGCUCAGCAGUAACAGUUCUUUUGGAUGGCUUGAUCUCAGUUGUAACCCUGGAACUCACAUGGUGGAGAUGGCGAACCAAUUCCCAAAAGUUGCCUUCCGAGUCCCACGUACACAACACUGAAUGUAUGUGUAUGCACACAAAGUAAAGAGAUGUCACCAUAAAAGAAGAAAAAAAAUGAAAAUUUUGAAGUGGAAAUAAACAUGAUCAGCAAAAGUGUAAUUUUAGCCCCAAUAUAUAAGCAUGUUUUUGUGUUUCUUCUGCUGUGUUUUAAAGGUCUCUUUCUUCUCAUAGAAGCCAUUCAAUGUGGUGACUCAUUUAUAAUCCCAGUUUGUUGGAAGCUGAGGCAAAAUGACUGCCUCAAGUUGAGUUGAUCCUUGGCUAGGGUGAGACCAUGUCUUUCAAAAAGAAGCAAGCCAGUAGUGGUAGCUUACUGCUCAAGCUAAGACAUCAUGUGCUGUUUUGAACUGUAUGGAGAUUGAUUACCUUUGUCUGUUCUUAUCUUAAUGGGAAUACUUUGAGUUUUUUUUUUCACUUAACAUAAAAUCAUCUAUAAUUUUUUAUAUAGCCUUUAUCAAAUUGUUUCUAUCCUUUAUCUUUCAAAGGUUUUUGUCAUGAAGGGAAAUUGAACUUUCUUUAAAAGUUUUUUUUUUAAACUUUCUUUAAAUGUUUUUUAUUGCCUCGAUUGUGUAGUCUCUGUUCCUGAAACUAUUUAAUAAAUUUAUUUUACUCAUUAUUGUACAAAGAAACAUCUCUGCAUGCCUAGAAUAAAACUAACUUGAACAAGG